AUGGUUCUGACUAGAUAUACAAGCAGUGUAGACGGAACAAUCCCAGUUCAAGCUCUACUGUACAAUGACGAGCAGCUUUCGGGCUCACAGGAAGGGGUCGGGAUCUACGAUGGUCCCCAGAAAUCGUUAAAGCACCAGAAUGGCACUGUACAUGCGACGAGCCACCGUCUUUUCUAUAUUGACGGCCAUGACCCAGAGACCAGGUCCUUCUCCCUGGAUCUAGCAGCGAUAUCCCAGACGGAAUAUUACGCGGGGCUUUUCACAUCGUCCCCAAAGGUGACACUACAUUUAUCAGCCGAAUCGCCCAGGUCAGAUGAGCCCAACGCUUCAUUAUCUGAAUCCAGCGGGUUCGAUACCUGGGAAUGUCAGGUUUGUGCAUAUCGAAACCCACCGGGACUUAGUCCCGCUGCUGCACGGAUAUGUGGGCUCUGCGGUGUCCCCCGCGAGGCGGUUCCUUCUGACGACCACCAGGAGUCAGGACCCAAGACACGCCACCUGUCCGCUUCCUUGCCAUCAUCGGGUGUUGCCUCUCAAUCUCGUUCUUCUACCCCAGCCAACCCCACAGUCCAGGAUGAAUCCACGGCUUGUCCUGCCUGCACAUUCCUCAACCACCCCUCCCUGAGAAACUGCGAGAUUUGUGACACCCCACUACCUCGUCCAUCCGAGUCGCGGAGAGUGCUCAAAUCUGCACCGGCUUCGCGACCGACGUCGCCAGACUGGGAAGAUGAUCCCGCUCAACGCUUUAUCAAACUCAGUUUCAGGAAGGGCGGGGACAAGGCGUUUUACGCAACACUCAAGAGCGGAUUGAAGGGGAAAGCAUGGGAGUUGGAAACUGUUAAACCCAAAUCCAGUGCACAGAACUAUUCGGGAGCUUCUAAGGGCGAGAACUUCGGUGCCGGAAUAUCUGGUAUCCUCAAGACGGUCGAAUCGUCCGCUCAGAAUCGCGAAGAUGACCUACAGGAGGCCCUGCAAGACCUUGAAGCCUUGAUGGUCAAAGCCAAAGACAUGGCUCGGCUGGCCACAGAGCUCAACGAGAAACUCUCUAGCGCAAACCCUCGUACAACGUCUCCCGCCUUCGGUUCCAAUCCCGAACCGGAAGAGGCAGCAUUUCUCCGCUCUUCCUUGGCCCAGUUAGGGCUGCAGUUGGAGAAUGCACCCGUGACGCAAGACAUGAUCAGGGAUGAGCGGAAGUGGUUCGAGGAAUUGGCACGAGAACUGUCACGAAUCCUUCAAGGAUCUAAAGGAAUGAUGGCAGAACGAGGCAUCAUCGCGUUGGACGAGGUCUGGGGUGCUUGGAAUCGUGCGCGUGGAGUUGCUCUUAUCCCACCAUCCACUUUCUUGCAGAUUCUACCUCUUCUUCCGCAAUAUACCGACCCACCGAUCUCUCAUCGGACAUUUAGUUCGGGAUUGAAAGUCUUGCACACCCCACCAUAUGCUCGAGCAGCCUUCGCCGCACGUCUCUCGGGUUAUUUGGUCAUGAACGGCCCAAAGACCACCAUGGACGUCGCUCUCGACGAGGGUCUAGCCGUGGCUCUCGUUCGAGAGAUGAUCGAGGCAGGAGAAGAGGAAGGCGACUUCUGCCGGGACGAUGUCGGAGAAGCAGCGAUUGUCGGGGGUGGAAGUGGGACGGGUGUGGAGGUUCGCUGGUGGCCUAACGUGUUCGCUGGGUAUGUCUGGGACGGCCAGCCCGAGGGCAAUUGA